AUGCCCAACGCGUCGUCCUCCUGGUCCGGGCUGGCCAACGCGUCUUGCCCGGGCCCCCCGCCAGGCUGCCCCAACGCGUCGAGCCCUCCGCCGCUGACGCCGCCGCUGGCUGUGGCCGUGCCGGUUGUGCACGAGCUGAUCUGCGCCGUGGGGCUGGCGGGCAACUCUGCGGUGCUGUUUGUGCUUCUGCGGGCGCCGAGUCGGAGGACCGUCACCAACCUGUUCAUCCUCAACCUGGCCAUCGCCGACGAGCUCUUCACGCUUGUGCUGCCGGUCAACAUCGCUGACUUCCUGUUGCGUCAGUGGUCCUUCGAGCUCAUGUGUAAGCUCAUCGUGGCCAUCGACCAGUACAACGCCUUCUCCAGCCUCUACUUCCUCACCUUCAUGAGCGCCGACCGUUACCUCUUGGUGCUGGCCACAGCCGAAUCGCGCCGCGUGGCCCGCCGCUCCUACCGCGCCGCGCGCGCGGUGAGCUUGGCGAUGUGGGGCCUCGUCACGCUAGUCGUGCUGCCCUUCGCAGUGUUCGCGAGACUCCACGACGAGCAGGGACGACGCCAGUGAGUGCUGGUUUUUCCGCAGCCCGAAGCUUGGUGGUGGCGAGCAAGCCGCCUCUACACUCUGGUGCUGGGCUUCGCCCUCCAGGUGACCGCCAUCGGCGCCCUAUACACCUCCCUGCUGUGCCGACUGCACCCCUUGCGGCUGGACAGUCACGCCAAGGCCCUGGACCGCGCCAAGAAGCGGGUGACCAUGCUGGUGGUGGCCAUCCUGGCCGUGUGCCUACUCUGCUGGACGCCCUACCACCUGAGCACCGUGGUGGCGCUCACCACGGACCUCCCGCAGACACCGCUCAUCGUUGCUGUGUCCUACCUCAUCACCAGCCUGAGCUAUGCCAACAGUUGCCUCAACCCUUUCCUCUAUGCCUUUUUAGACGAUAACUUCCGCAAGAGCCUCAACCAGCUGGGGGCGUGCCGCGCCUCUGCCUGA